AUGUCCGACCGUCCGGCCACCUUUGGCAGCGGCAGCGUCCCUCCGCCCCCUGCGUCGUCGUCGCCGUCUGUGUCGCAGCAGCAGCCGGUCGCAUCUAGCUCCUCGUCGCGCACACGGCGCCAGAGGCCCGUCACCUACUGCCUGCCUCCCUCCAGUUGGGCAGCCAAUGUGACCGAGGACGAUGCCCAGCUCUCGCUGCACAAGCUCGUCGCAGCGCAGUCCCAGCGGCAGGGCUUCGACGCCGCAUCCUCGAGCGCCCUUCACGAGCUCUCGCACCUCACCGAGCGCUUCAUGCUCUCCAUCUUUGCGGCCGCCAGCCACGGCGCUGAGCUGGCCAACCGUGGCUCGCCCUCCGCCCGCGAUCUCAUCUACUCGCUCGAGACGCACGGUCUGCCCAUCGCUGAGCUCCGGCACUUUGCGCGCGACCAGGAGCAGCAAGCAGCGCCGCCCAGCCAAAAGGCGCAGGGCAAGGCGAGGGCGACGUUCCCCGCGCCCACAGCCCGCAGCGUCGAAGCUGCUGCCGACCAUCAGUACGGCUGGACCGACCCGACGUCGGCCUUUCUGCCCUCUGACUCGGACACGGAUGAGCAGUCGGACGCCUGGUCGGUCAGCUCCGAGUCGGACGGCGGCGGCAGCAACGCCAACCGGAGGGCCGCCCUCGCCGCUCGCGUCCAGCGCAGGCAACAGAGGAUCGAGCGGGCCGAGGCGAAACGGCGGCGGCGGGAACAGAGGAUGGCGUCGGACCCGACGGGCUCCGGGCUCGACGUCUCUGCGCUCCAAGAGGGCGAACGGGCGUGGAAGAGGAUAGCGGACCACGUCGUGCCAAAGCACCUGCCGGGACGGCCGCCGAGGCACUGCUGGGUCGAGACGGCCGCAUAUCCGCCCAACGCCUACUCAUCGGGCGGGCCCGGCGGCUCCACCGCCAGCAACCCGCUCGUCCUGGUCAACCGCAAGCUGGCCAAUGCCAGGCUCGUCGAAGCGUCACUGCGACGCCUCAUCCAGAAUACCGACAGCCAAGUCGGCGGCCAGCCAAGCCCGCGCUCGGGCGACUCGCCGUAUGCAUCAGCAGCAGAGCCAUCGUCGUCGUCGGCGGCGGCGGCAGGCGGUCAUCCAUCGGACGGCGUGUUUGCCACGCCAAAGCUGCCAUCGAGGGCCAGCCUGACGUUGCGGCUCAAGAACAAGGUCAGCGCGCCUGCCACGCCGGCGUCGAUCCUGGGCGUCGACGCACCUCCGCCGAUGAUGACGCCGCUGCCGCUGUCGCGCUCCCGGCGGGGCACGCUGACAUCGACGCCGUCCGGCUUCCCGAUGCUCGACCCGCUGCUGGCAUCCCCCAUGACACCCGCCGGCGGCAUCGGAGGCCCCAUGACGCCGUAUCCUCCCACGCCCUCGUCGACCGCGUUUGGCGGUCAGUACUUUGGCUCGCAGGCUUUUGGGUGGAACCAGCGCGCCUCGUUUUCCGACGGCGCUGCGGGCGCCUUUGCUGUGCCGAGGAGCCGAACCGCCUCGAUGGCGGGCCUCGGCGUGGGGCCGGGUGGCGCCGGGAAGGGUGGCGCCGACGUUGACGAGCAGGCAGAGGCCGGCCUGCCGCUGCGGAUGCCCGGCGCUGUCAACUACAAGAACGUGUGGUACGCGCCCGGAUCGGCGGGCAGCGGCGGCGCAGAGGCCGGCAGCGGUGGAGGCGCCAACCGCGGCGCCAAACGGAUGCGCAAGUGGAAGGUGUAG